GGGACGCCCGGCGCGAUCGCUGUCCAGACGCUGCGGGCACUUUGGUCUGGCCCGAGUUGGGGUCGCGGCGGCGGCCACAGAGCUGACGGGCUCUUCACGAUGAGAGAUUUUGAGACGCUUCUCUGUCCUCUGUGUAGUUGAUAGAUUGUAUGUUGAAGAGAUGGCUGACAGUGUCAAAACCUUUCUUCAGGACCUUGCCAGGGGAAUCAAGGACUCCAUCUGGGGUAUUUGUACCAUCUCGAAGUUGGAUGCGCGAAUUCAACAAAAGAGAGAGGAAGUCCAUCGAAGGACAAGUGUCCUCGCCCAGAGGAGAGCCCAGAGCCCAGAGCGGAAGCCAGAGGCUGAGCCGUAUAUUGUUAAUAGAAUUUUCCUGUGCUGUGCUUGGAAUGGAGGAAUAUUCUGGUUUAGCCUCUUCUUCUUUUAUCGAGGGUUUAUUCCUGCGCUUCAAUAUGUAACAGCAAAGAUUAUUGGUGAUCCAUCACUACAUGGAGAUGUUUGGUCGUGGCUGGAAUUCUUCCUCACAUCAAUUUUCAGUGCUCUUUGGGUACUCCCACUGUUUGUGCUUAGCAAAGUUGUCAAUGCCAUUUGGUUUCAGGAUAUAGCCGAUUUGGCAUUUCAGUUGUCAGGAAGGAAGAUGCAGCCGUUCCCUAGUUCCAGCAAAAUAAUUGCUGACAUGCUCUUCAACCUUUUGCUGCAAGCUCUCUUUCUUCUUCAGGGUUUGUUUGUGAGUCUCUUCCCCAUCUAUCUUGUUGGUCAGCUGGUUAGUCUCCUGCAUAUGUCCCUUCUGUAUUCAUUAUACUGCUUUGAAUACCGCUGGUUCAAUAAAGGAAUUGAAAUGCACCAGCGGCUGUCAAACAUAGAAAAGAAUUGGCCUUACUACUUUGGCUUUGGCUUGCCCUUGGCUUUCCUAACAGCAAUGCAGUCCUCAUACAUUAUCAGCGGCUGUCUCUUUUCCAUUCUUUUCCCUUUAUUUAUUAUCAGCGCCAACGAAGCCAAGACCCCUGGCAAAGCAUACCUUUUCCAGUUGCGCCUGUUCUCCAUCGUGGUCUUCUUAAGCAACAAACUCUUCCAGAAAACGGUCUACCUGCAGUCAGUCCUGAGUAGCCCGGCUUCUGCAGAAAAGGCCUCUUCGCCACAUCCGUCUCCUGCCAAACCGAAGGCUGCUGCAGGCCACUGAUUUUUCCCGCCAUGCAUAAGGUGUAGGAGGGAUUGGAAGGAGGGUGUGGCAGCUCAUUUCCCUGGUCUUCCCCUACCCAGGGAAGGCAGGGCUCUCUCUGCCAAGGGCUCUUUGCCUAUUCCCUUCUCUGAGGAAUUGGGAUUUUGGCACACUCGGUCAGAAUCUUCCUGAUACCAGGAAGUGGAGUUUUAACACCUUGAGUCUGAAAUACCACAGAUUUUUCUGUCGCUAUGUUUUAGCAUUUGCUGAAGCCUGUGUCUGGACCGAUCUGGAAAUGCUCAUUUUUCUUCCUGUGCCAUUUAUCCUCCGGCCUUACCUUCCUGCCUCCCACCCUAGGAUGAAGGGAUUUUGCAAUCUAUCUGUUGUGAUUAAUGGACUUGUUUUUCUUGUUUUUUUCUGUGAAGCACAUACAUUGGAUGUGGCUGGAAAAAGGAGUCCUUCCGUUGCUCCUGGCCACCCUUUUUAUAGCCAUCACUGUCUUCUUGUUUUGUAACUCAGGUUAGGUUUUGGUCUUUAUUUUGUUCCACUGCAAAAAAAAAAAGAAAGAAGAAAUGCCUCUGACGAGAUGCGACCGGAGGAAAGAUCUCACAGAUCUGUUGCGUUGUGAGGCGUGGCCUUCUUUCUAACUCUGGCGGAAAGACCUUCUUCACGAUACAUAGAGUACCCCAACUACGGCGCGUUCCCAGUUCUGGACAAGUGCCGCUGCAACCCAGAAUGCUCAGUGAACAUGAACUCGGGAAGCCUGAGAUGUACUGUUGUGGGCCAUUGCUGGGUCUGUGUUAUUUCAAAGGAAUACUGGGUGCUGAACAUAGGAACUAAAGGGGUGCAUUUAUUAAACCCAUUAAACCUA